AUGAGAGGCAAGACAGAGAUGCAAAAGUGGCGUGUCAUCUGGAGCGUCUUGUUCCAUGAAUCUGACCAAGAUAACAUUCCUCUACCGAAUGCUGCCGAAGAUAUGUCCACGCAGCAGAAAGAUGAGCUGAUCAACAGCCUUGAACAAACCAUCUCCUCAUCUCUUGUAGACUGGGAACAACAACUUGCCCAGCAGGUUCAACAGGGGUUUUCUCCGGCUCCCGAUGGAGUAUUGGACAUAAGAUGGAUAGUUGAUUCUCUGCGUAUCCGCCUCAACUCUAUCUUCGGAAGUUACAGAGACUCUCAUAUCUCCAUGGACUUUCAAGGGACGAAUGCAGCAGAAGGAGUUCACACACAAGAUGAUGACGUAGGGAUGGAUUACCCCAUGCAGUCUCCACACAAUGAUCUCCCAGGUGAUACCGAAGACUUUCAUGCUUGGUUUCCCAAUGACGCAAGUCAGUACGACGAUUUUUACGAUGGAUCAGGCUACAACAACGGCUGA